UUGUAUGUUAUCAUGAUCAUGGCGGAACAGGUAGACGCGAUUAAUUUAGGUUUAAUUUAUUAUGGGUUCAACUCCCAUUGAUCAUACACUAUUUAUUAUUUAUUUAUCUUAAAUAUGACUUUAAUCUAUUUUUUAAUUUCUAUUUCCUCUUCUUUAUUUACUCGUUCAAUUGGUAAUUAUAAACAAUCAAUUAUAUUAGUAGCUAGUAUUCUAAUUAUUAUUCCUACUUUAUAUGAUUGAUCUGAAUUAGGUAUUUAUUAUACUACUGAUGGUAUUGCUGAUAUAUUUAUAUUAUUAACUGCUUAUUUAUUACCUUUAAGUAUUAUUGCUAAUUGAAAUAGUAUUAAAUCUAUUUUAUAUUAUGAAUUAGUUUUAAACUUAGGUAUUAUCUUGAUUAUUAAUUUUAUGUGUCAAGAUAUGUUAUCAUUCUAUAUCUAUUUUGAAGCAUCAUUAGCCCCUUUAUUUAUCUUAAUUGGUUUAUAUGGAGCUAGUAAUCGUGAACGUGCAGCUGAUUAUAUUUUAAUAUAUACAUUAUUAUCUUCAUUAUUUAUGUUAUUAGCUAUAGGUAUAUAUGAAAUAUUAAUAGGUAAUACAGAUUAUCAAGCUGUUAGUUUAUUAGUAUUAUCAUUAGAUUUACAAUGUAUAUUAUUUAUAGCUAUAUCAAUAGGUAUAAUGGUUAAAACUCCAUUAGUACCAGUACAUACAUGAUUACCAGUAGUACAUUCAGAGAGUCCAUUAGCAGGUUCAAUGUUAUUAGCGGGUGUAAUACUUAAAUUGGCUGUAUAUGCUAUAAUACGUCUAAUAUUACCAACUUUAUCUGAUGCUUCCUUAUUAUAUACUCCUGCAGUAUAUAUGAUAUGUUUAAUAACUAUAAUAUAUACAUCUAUAGUAACAUUACGUCAAACUGAUUUAAAAGUUAUAGUAGCAUAUAGUAGUAUAAGUCAUAUGGCAGUAUGUAUUCUAGGUAUCAUGUCAAAUAAUAUAAUAGGGAUGACUGGUAGUUUAGUUUUAUCUAUUGCUCAUGGGUUUGUUUCACCUGCCUUAUUUAUAAUUGUAGGUGGUAUAUUAUAUGAUAGAUAUCAUAAUAGAUUAAUAUAUUAUUAUCAAGGAUUAAUAACUUAUAUGCCUAUAUUAUCAAUAUAUUUAAUAAUAUUAAGUUUUAGUAAUAUAGGGGCACCAUUAUCAAUUAAUUUCAUAGGUGAAUUAUUAUCAUUAUCAGGGGCUAUAACACGUAUACCAAUAUUAGGAACAAUAUGUGUAAUAUCAGUAUUAUUAUCAGCAGCAUAUAUGAUGAAAGUAACAAAUAGAUUAACCGGAGGAGUAAAGACACCAUAUAUAGCAUUAACAAGUGAUUGUACAUAUAGAGAGAGUAUAAUAUUAAUAUCAUUAAUAAUACCAACGAUAUGAUAUGGACUAUAUCCAAAUGGGAUAAUAAAUAUGCUAUGAUCAGUACCAAAAUUAAUAUAUAUAUUCAUAAUAAGAAUACCCUGCAGCCCGCAGCCGUAG